AUGCCUGCCCCCAGGAAAUUUCUGGUGGCGUCCACCUCGCUGCCCAUGGCACUGGGCUGGGGCUGGAACCUGAGCUUGUACGUGGGGAUUCUCCUCGGACUCCUGACCCUCAUGAUGCUUCUUCUCUGGAUGCUCCUCAAGCAGCUGAGGAACUCUGUGGGAAAAUCCAUGCUGCAGCCUGUCCGCUCUUUCAGACAGCCUUGCUUUGAACAGAGGCUUCAGCAAGUGUUAUCCCUGCUGAAUUCAUCCUACAGGCAGAGGGAGAUUGUUGUCAAGAAAAGAGGAGAUAUGUAUCGUUCGUAUCUGACAGUUAUGAGUGACGCCCUUUCAAACUGGCCACAGAAUGACAGGAUGAUGAAACCACUGUCUCUCAGUCUGAUGCUGGUUCUUCACAUCAGAUCCAUGGACAGUUACCCAUUAGAAAACACAAAGGGUGUUCCAACAAAACGUGGACGCUCUGAAAAGCUCCACGAGGCCAGUUGUGUUGCUCUCUUCCUACAGGCAUACAGAGGAAGUGUUAGACCUUUCGUCAACUUCAACGCCAAACACGAUGCUGAAAUCCUCCAUAGAGCCAUGAAAGGAAUCGGAACGGAUGAAGAUGCAAUCCUCAUGCUUCUGACAGCCCGCAGCAACGACCAGCGCCAGCAAAUAAAGGCAGCGUAUAAAAAGGCGUACGGAAAGGACUUGGUCAGCGUACUAAAAUCGGAGCUUGGUGGGCUGUUUGAGAGUCUGAUUGUGGCCCUGAUGACCCCACCUAUUUCAUAUGAUGCUUCCCAGCUGCACAAGGCUCUCAAGGGUGCUGGGACUGAUGACGAUGUGCUGAUUGAGAUCAUGGCCUCCAGGACCAGCGAACAGAUGAAAGAUAUCAUCAAAGUGUACAAGAAAGAGUUCACCAGUAAGCUGGAGAAAGAUAUCUGCGGUGACACCUCAGGGCACUAUCAGAAACUACUGGUGAUCCUCCUGCAGGGAAGCAGGGAGGAAGGGGUAGACGAGGCAAAGAUCGAGAAAGACGCUAAGGACUUGCAUGCUGCUGGUGAGGGCAAGUUUGGCACAGAUGAGGAAAAAUUCAUCACAAUUCUUGGCAACAGGAGCGCAGAACAUCUCAGAAAAGUGUUUGAUGCCUACAAGAAGCUCUCUGGCUCUGAAAUAGAGGACAGCAUUGAAGGGGAGACCACUGGGAAUCUGGAGAACCUGCUGCUAGCUGUUGUGAAAUGUGCCAGGAGCGUCCCAGAUUUUUUUGCCGAAGGCCUGUAUAAAUCUAUGAGGCGCGCUGGAACUGAUGACAACACCCUGAUGAGGAUAAUGGUGUCAAGGAGUGAGGUGGACAUGUUGGACAUUAGAGCCAGCUUCAAAAAGAUGUAUGGAGCGUCUCUGUACUCCACUAUCCAGGAAGACACAACUGGAGACUACCAGAAGGCUUUACUCUACCUCUGCGGUGGAAAUGAUUAAUGCUGUUUUAUGAUGAGUUUAGCAGCACUGAAUGAUGAGCUAACCACCGCGUUGCUGCGAUACUAAGCUACACAUGAGAUGAGGUUAUUGAUCAGGAGUUGUUGAUUCUUUCUGACUUUAGCUUGCUAUUGAUUGAAUUAGUGUGAAUUACCCACUUGUCAUUUUGACUUAUGAUCACAUCGCCUGCGUGAACAGCAGUUAGAGUGCAUUCACAUGAAAGUUAUUUUGUGUUUUGUUUGACAUUAUUUAAACAGCUCCGCCACAGUAAUGUGUGGGGGUGCAGUUUUGAUUUUAACGUAGAGAAUAAAUGUAGCCAUGUUUGAAAUGAUUAAAUGUCUGGUUAUCUUUUAAACACUUAAAUUGUUUUUCUUCAGUCAUGUGGCCCUAUUGGUUUGUCAGAGUUACAUGCAAUGUUAUAAGUUGUUUUCAGUGUUCAAAGCAUGUGUUAAAUGCAGCUUAGAAAAUACAAUACUUCUGCUGAAUUAUUAAAACCU